ACCUAUCUUUUGUGUGUAAUACUAUGGGAUUAGCUUAUCCUCGUAUUUCUGAAUUAAUGGUAGCGUAUUAUUGAUACAGGAUGAUGAAUAACAUUCUAAACAUUAAUUUACACUGUGAUUUUGGUAAUAAAAGUGUGAUUGUAUACAUAUAUACAUACAUACACUUCAUACAUUUGUUAUUGUACGACGAUAAGUACAACAUCUAAGUUAAGUCUAGGUAGCUAGCAACACAUUGAAAACAAUACGAAGUUAUUAAGUUAGACAUGUCAGAAGAGAAGUUUGAAAGUCCAAUCGAUAAGAUGGAUGAGCCACAAUCCGAGUCUAUUGAAGAUAAAAUGAAAAUAAAAUCUGAUGAUAAAAGUAAACAGAAACAUAAAACAGAAGAAAAUACUGACAAAUCUAAUGGUCGGAACAAUGAAACUGGAAAUUGUUAUUGUGGAAAGGAAAGAAACCUAAAUAUUGUAGAAUUAUUAUGUGCUAGCUGUACGAGAUGGUUUCAUGAAUCUUGUAUUGGAUAUCAAUUGGGUAAAUUAGUACCUUUUAUGAUGAAUUAUAUAUUCAUGUGCAAAAAUUGUUCUCCCACUGGUUUAGAAAGUUUCAAAAAAAACCAAGCACCUUUUCCACAAAUGUGUGUGACAGCAAUAGCAAAUCUGUUGCAAAUGGCUCAGAAAGAAAGUGAACAAAGAACACUUUUUCACAAGGAUAAAGACAUUAUUCCUUUCAUUGAGUGCCAUUGGGAUAGUAUGACUACAAUGCCACGGAGAGUCACUCAAUCUUGGCAUGCCACUAUACAUAGAGCACUAUUAAAAGAUGUUGGAACAUUAUUUGCUAUUGAAGAAACUGGUUCUGAUGGUCAAUUGUUUGGACUUAUGAUUUCUGAUCUCCUAAUGAUUAAACCAAAUUAUGAAGCCAUGAUUAAAGGUGGUCAUUUAAAGGUAACCGAAAUGGGUGUUCAACAUGUUGUGCCACUUGGAGGACUUCGCGGUCGUAAUGCAAAACGUAAGUUUCCUGGAGAAGGAACAGGUACAGGACCUGGUAAAAAAGGCAGAGGUUCUGAUAUGGCAGCUCCUAAGCUACCUGCUCAUGGAUACCCUCUUGAACAUCCUUUUAACAAAGAUGGAUACAGAUAUAUUCUUGCUGAACCUGAUCCUCAUGCACCAUUUAGACAAGAAUUUGAUGAGAGCAGUGAUUGGGCUGGAAAACCUAUUCCUGGAUGGUUGUACAGAGGUUUAAGUCCAAGUACAGUUUUACUGGCGCUACACGAUCGAGCUCCACAGCUCAGAGUUUCCGAAGAUAGACUGGCAGUUACCGGCGAAAAAGGCUAUUGCAUGGUCAGAGCUACACAUAAUGUAUGUAGAGGAACAUGGUACUGGGAAGCAACUAUCGAAGAAAUGCCUGAAGGUUCUGCUACUAGGCUAGGAUGGGGUCAAGAAUAUGCUAAUUUACAAGCUCCACUUGGCUAUGAUAAAUUUGGAUAUUCGUGGAGAUCUAGAAAAGGUACACGGUUUCAUGAAAGUAGAGGCAAACAUUACAGUAACAGUUAUGGAGAAGGUGAUACUUUGGGAUUUGUGAUAACUUUACCCGAUACGCACGAUGCUUCCCAUUUGCCAAACACAUAUAAAGAUCGACCUUUAGUAAAGUUCAAAAGUCAUCUUUAUUACGAGGAGAAGGAUCAAGUACCUGAAGCACUUAAGGCUUUAAAACCUCUAGACGGCAGUAAAAUUACGUUUUAUAAAAAUGGUGUAAAUCAAGGGGAAGCAUUUAUCGAUAUCAACAAAGGCGCCUAUUAUCCUACAAUAUCCAUUCAUAAAAGUGCUACUGUUUCUGUAAACUUUGGACCGAAUUUUAAAUGUCCUCCAACUGAUAUCACUUUUAGAGGGAUGCACGAUAGAGCAGAAGAAGCGAUCGCAGAACAAUCUAUGGCCGAUAUGCUUUAUUUCACGGAAAACGAGGGAAAGUUAAGACUGGAUACUUUUGCUUUAUGACAUUAAUGUACUUUUUAUUUCUUUUUUAUUUUUAAUUCGAUUUUGAUUAAAUAUCUUUUACAAUACA